AUGCUUCAGCUUAGACAUCCGCAAAAACUGGGUGACAUUUGCGGUACAGAUGAGUCAACUCAACCCCGACAACUGGAUCAUCUCCAACCGGAAAUUCGUCGUCUCACAGUUCAAGUGCUCGAGAUUAUUAGUCAACAGAUUCAAAUCAUAGGUAUGCUCAUUUAUACUUAUUUGCUAAAAAAACGACUUCUUGCUCCGAAUAUGGUUCGAACUACGACCGCAAGGUAUGCUCGACUUUUGAAAGCAACUAUUUGCUCUAACUUAUGAUG